UAUGAAUCCGUCCUCAUAUUUUAAACAAAACUAAAAAUAAAAAAAUCCAUCCAAAACAACAAUUACCACCAUGUCUCCUGUGGUCUAAUUUCCAGUAAAUAUUCUAGUAGGAUUAUUGUUAUUUAACAUUCGGAAAAUAUGCAGUCCGAGGACACCACUCAAAGACUUUGCUUUAAAUAAAUAGCGAUAAUUAAAUCAUGAACAAGGUAUAAAUAGAACUAUUUUUGCAUUCUUUAAAGUCAUGUGUGAACAUUAUUCACUUUUGUGUUCCCAGAGCUUAAAAUAAGCUUUUUGUAAACCAGAUAAAAUUGAGAUGUGUAAACACAUAAAGCAGCCAGUUCUGCGGCGAGCAUUCAGUUCACCGACGAAGUACGAUGGGCAAAGUACAGUUUUCAGAACCUCUACGAUUUUUAAUAAAGUUAGGAUUUAGCCCUUAUCAAACAGAAAAUUCGUCAUGUAUCAAGAGAAUUUUCUGUGUUGUUAUUUUCCUAUGUGUGGUGAUUUCGUCAUGUUUGGAGUUGUCAACGAAUUUUAACAAAGCUACAAUUAUUCGUGGGUGCGAAUUGUUAAGUCCCUACUACCAGGUCGCAUGCAGAUUUUUCGUUCUCAUUAAACACAAGAACAAACUAAAAGUGCUUCUAGAGGAAAGCGCACACUUUUGGGAAUUGGACGAAUUUGGAGACCCUCACGACAACACGAAUACCAAAAUUCAUAAACUUUUGGAAAAAAGUUUUCAGAUGUAUAGGCGCUUGUUAUAUUUUUCAGCUGUACAGUACAUACUGGGUGCGAUUUUUAACGAACAACCAAUGACGCUGAGUUACGGUGAAACCCAGGGUCUGAACUUCAAAUUUCGUAUCCUUUAUUUCGUGUUUCACCUUGUAUAUCUUUUUGUAAUUCUGACCGUCGUGUGUGGAUACGACGGAGUCUUUUUUUAUAUAAUAGCUCACAUUUUGUCGGAGCUGAAGAUGGUUAAAGCUGCUUUUGGAAAUUCGCCUAUUCGCACCCAGUGGAACAGUGAAGAAAGAUUUAGAAAGGCAACCGAGCACCACAGAUUUUUGCUAAAGUUUACUGAAUCCGUUGAUCGUGUUUAUUCGCUGAUGCUGAUGCAUCAACAGUUUAGUUUUACUUUUGGUCUCUGUUUUGCCUCCUAUCUUUUGAUAGAAAAUGGGAUGCCACCGGACUUCGAACACUUGGUAAAAUAUUUGCCUUAUAUAAUUUUGUAUUUUUUGCAAGUGUGGAUGUACUGCUUUAUCGGUGAUCUCAUCUCAUCUUGGUCACUGGAAAUUUCCGAUGAAGUAUUUUACCAACACUGGCUUUUUAACACAUCCCAAAGUAAACUGGGAACAAUCAUAGUAAUGCAAAGAUCUCAACGGCCCGCUUGUCUAACACUAGCGGGUUUCCGAAAUUUGGACUUGAACAAUUUCACAGUGGUGGUGAAAAAUGCAGCAUCGUUUUUUACUUUUGUGAACACUAUUGUGAAUCAAUAA